UGCGCGCCAUUUGGAGCCACGAGUAGUAGCCUCCUCCUCCUCCUCCACCUCUUCAAGGCCGUUACUACAUCUUCGUCUUCUUCCUCCUCCCGCUCCGCCCUCGCUCUCGCACAUCGCGACGCCUGCUCCCUUCUAGCGCGACGAACCUUCGAACCCGCCGCCCUAUGGACGACGACGCUCCUUCGCACGGUUUGUGGAGGUAAGGAGGAGAACAAGAUGGAUCAGAUGAGGGAGUGCCGCGGCAAGGAAGCGUGCGAGCUCAGCCCUCGGUCGGAGCGUGUCGCCGAUCGCAUCCUCCCCCACAUUCUCAACUUAUAUGCUUCUCGUGCCACUCCUCGUGACUUCGAGAUCUAUGCUGAUGACGCUUCUUUUGAAGACCCACUCAUGUCUGCUCAUGGGUUGAGGCAGAUCAAGUCAGCAUUUUACUCUAUAGCAAAGGUGUUCAGUGAAUCGAAAAUUGUUGAAUACACCGUCAAAGAGAAUUUGAUAUCACCAGGGAAAUAUGAGAUACUUAUUGACAAUAAACAAUACUACAAGUUUUUGGGGAGGCCUAUAGAUAUGAUUUCUCUCAUCAGGCUGCAUGUGGAGAAUGACAAAGUUGUUCGUCAUGAGGACUGGUGGGAUAAGAAGCCUCUCAAGAGCAGAGACACUGUCAAGAUUCCCAUGGUAGGCAUAACUCUGGAAAUGCUUCGCCGGGGUUCAAUGAUGGCAACUCAUGCUAUGAUGGGGUUUGGGAAGGAUCCCACCAUGUAAAUCAACUCUUGAAUCUGAACAGAGAAUUUCUUUACUCCUAUUAAGGUGUGUGCAGACAAGUUGGUUGUGGUUUUUAUAGCUAGAGAAAGUAUACAAGCAAAUUGUGUGGUGGUGGAGGUUAUUGCUUGAGAAUGUGAACAAGCACCCAGUUACGCAACAACUCUUAGGUUUAGGUAGAGUCACUCCUCUGGCUUUCAGAGGAUUGAGAUCUAUUUGUGGGCGAAUUUUUGUUGACAUUUUAUAAGUAUUAGCAACAAGCAGAUGGUAUUCUGGCACUUUACGAUCUGCUUCUCUUUUUGUAGAUGCUGCUCAUAUGAUUACCCAGUAUAGGAUUCUCUCUGAACAAAUUUAUUCUAUUUAAUAAAACUGAAUUUCCAUGAUGUUUCUUUAU